AUGGAUCCAGCACAGGCUGCCGCGCAAGCCAAGUUCGCUCGUCUAGGCUUCUUCAUUCUCCCUCUGCCUCGCGGAUCCGACUUUGGCAUCGACGGCCGGCUGUGGACAGUCGACAAGUUCUCGGGCGUCAAGCUCCUCCCUCCCGGCUUGCACUUCUUCGUCUUCUCCGCCGCCCCGUCCGCCACACAACAAGCCCACCUCCCAGGCCCCUCCUCGCAAGGCGUCGCAACUCGGCAUGGCAUCCUCCGCUUCUAUCGCGACGCCGAGACAGUCGUAGAAGAGUGGGACAACGUUCAGGAAGAGCUGAAGCGGGAUGCGCUGGGGCAGGCGCCGAGGAAGAGACGGAGGAAUACGAAGGAGGGGAGGGAGGAGACCGUCGUCUCCGAGGAAUACCUCAAGAGCCUUGAUAAGUCGCUUGCUGCGUACCCGCAGGACGAUGUUGCGGCGCAUUGGGCUGGCUUGACGAGUUUCGUGACGGAGGAGACGCUGGCGAGGGUCGUCGGGUUGGACGAACACGGCUGCGGGCUCGUCGACGCUCUCAUGGGCAGCACGCUCGAUGAGCGCGGCGCAGCAGGCGCGACGUCGGGCAAGCGGACAUGGGGCAAGGCGCGUGAGGAGGAGCCAGAAGUGCGUGUGGUAAUCGACGAGGACGAGGAAGGAAACGGCGUCUCGAAUGAGCCCGUCUUGCUCGAGUUUGUCAAGUUCGACGUCAAGCGUAGCUGGCCCGAGGGUGCUGUCGGCGAAGCGUUGACACGGUGGAGUCGGGACAAGAGCUGGCAGCUGAGUCACGUCGUGCGCGAGCAGCUUGGAGACGACCCGAAGGAGCUUCUCGGCGAACUCCAACUCGCCUUCAUCCUCUUCGCCCUCCUGCACAACUUCUCCUCCCUAACCGCCUACAAGGCCCUCUUUGCGCUCAUCUGCCGCUCAGCAACGCUCGCCCAGCCGCCCUCUUCGCGCCCAUCCUCUGCCUCUCUGCCCUCACCACUACUCUCGUCAGCGUCUCUGCCCCUCUUCGCCUCGUUCCUGUCCCUCUUCCUCGCCCAAAUCCAGUUCCUCGAAGCCGACUUUUUCGCGACCCAGCUUCCCUCGCUCGAGCGCGACCUCCUCGACUCGCUCGCCGCCCUCUCCCAAGCUCUCUCCGACUCUCUCCCGCACUGGACUGCCAUCGGCGAGAAGGAGCCAGGAACAGCAGGCGUGUGGAAAGAGGUCGUCAAGCGAUGGGAUGCCUUGGCGGCAGUCACGAUGGAGCGGUUUGGGUGGGACUUGGGCGUCAUCAGGGGUACACGAGCGGCGUACUUGGCGCAGGGCGGGCGGGUAGAGCGUGCGGAGGACGAGGUAGACCUGGAAGACCUCGAGGAGGGCGAGGAUGCGCCGUACGUUGUCGACGACGAUGGCUUGCGCGGCGACGACCACGACGACGAGUAUUACUGA